AUGCUAUCCUUCCUAUCCUCGAACCUGUCGAAUACGCGGCAAUCACUGGCGCAGGUGCUCAACUUUGCGCUCGUUCUGUCAACAGCAUUCAUGCUCUGGAAGGGCCUGUCCGUCGUCACGGCGUCCUCGUCCCCGAUCGUCGUCGUGCUCUCAGGAUCCAUGGAGCCAGCAUUCCAGCGCGGCGACCUCUUAUUCCUCUGGAACCGCACCCCCCGCGCCGAAGUCGGCGAGAUCGUGGUCUACAAUGUGAAGGGCAAGGACAUCCCGAUCGUGCACCGUGUCGUGCGCACAUUCCCCGAGGUAGAGGGAAAGAAGGAAAAGACGGUGAAGGAGGUGACCGUGUCAUCGCCGACUCCCCCGAACAUGCUGCUCACCAAGGGCGAUAACAACCUUGCGGACGAUACGGAGCUAUAUGCGCGCGGCCAGGAAUUCUUGCACCGCGAGGAGGAUAUCGUAGGGAGCGUGAGGGGGUACAUGCCCAUGGUUGGAUACGUGACGAUUAUGCUGAGCGAGCAUCCGUGGCUGAAGAGCGUUUUGCUGGGAAUCAUGGGGUUGAUGGUUAUACUGCAAAGGGAGUAG